AUGGGCGGCGCGAAGGCAGCCCUGAUGUUCCUGCCAUCGGCAGUGGCGGGGAGCAUGUGCCUAUGGCAGCUGCAGCGGAUGCGUUGGAAGGAAGGGGUCGUGCAGGAGGCGCAGGAGGCGAUGCAAAGCCCGCCAGAGGACGUGUUCACGAUGGACGAGCUGCCGCGCUUCCGCCGCUGCACCGCGGCCGGCACCUACGAUCACUCACGUGCUGUGUUUGUGGGGCCGCGGCCAAUCAGUUUCACGCUGAGCCGCGCCGAGCUGCAGGACAGCGGCAUGCGGGAGAUGCUCAGCACGCCAGGGGCCAUCAAAAGCGGGUACCUCCUCAUAGAGCCUCUCACACACGACAAGAGCAAGCGGACGGUCCUGGUCAACCGCGGCUGGGUGCCCCCUGAUUGGAAGAAGCACUGGCGGGAGGGCGUGUCUGCGCAGCAGCCGCAGGGGCGGGUGGAGGUGACAGGCGUGGCGCAAGGCAGCGAGGAGCCGAGCAGCUUCGUCCCAAGGAACGAGCCGGACAGGGGCAACUACUUCUGGGUGGACGUCCCUGGCAUUGUGAGUUUUUGA